UCUCAUUUGUCAUAUGCCAUUCAGAUCUUAGGGUUUUCUCUCUGCUUUGCCCCCUUUUAUCGCCGCCACAGAUCUUAGGGUUUUCUCUGUGCUUCUUAUCAUUUUCAAUCGAAGACACUCACUCUUUCAUUGAACAUGUCUCGUUGCUUCUCUUUCCCACCUCCAGGGUAUUUGAGGAAUACCGAUACCUUGAUCGAAGAAUCGAUUAAGAUCCAAUUGGAUACGGAGAAGCCCAUUAAAGACAGGAAGGAGAAAAAGGACAAGAAGGAUAGGAAUGAGACUAAGGAGGAGAGGAAGUUGAGGAAGGAAAAGAAGAGGGAGAGGAAGGAGAAAAGGAAAAGGGAGAAAGAAGAAACUAAAAAAGAUUCAAAGCUCAAGCUUACGAAUGAAGUAAAGGAACCAAAAGACAUUGGAAAGUUACAAAAGGGUGAAUAUUAUGAGAAUGAGCAUUUUGAGAAGAGUGAUAUUACACAGGAACUUGACAAACCCGUCUCUUCUCCUCAAGAGCCUUACUCAUCUGACAGCUCUCAAAGCAGUAAGAGGAAGAGGGACACCUUGUUACCUAGCAAAGAUCAUGGUACCGGUAUUAGAAUUCGACUUCCAUUGAGGAAACAUAGAGAACCUGAGGAAGUUAAAAAAGGGUUUCAAUUGGGUUCUUCUUCAAGAAGUGUUGGAAUUUCAGAUUCAAUUAUUCAGAAAACAAAAAGAGUUCAACGGCCAUUGCAGGGUAUCACUAAAGUUGAGAACCCAAAUCAGCUCCCUGUAAGUUCUGCCUCUUGCAGACUACCAUUGAAGAAUGUUGAGACCCCAAAUGAGCUAGCUGGAAUUUCUACUUCCCAAAUUUGCAGGCCACUAUUGAAAAAAGUUGAAAAUCAUUCUUCCUCCCAAGUUUGCAGAGCACCGUCCAAAAAAGUUGAAACCCUCCUGCCUGUAAAUUGCAGACCACCAGUGAAAAAAGUUGAAAACUUGCAAUGUGGACCAGUGAAAAAAGUUGAAACCUUGCAACUUGGAAAUUCUGCUGUUUGCAGACCACCAUUGAACAAAGUUGAAACCCUCCUCCCUGUCUCCAAAGUUUGCAGACCACCAUUGAGGAAAGAUGAUACCCCAAAUCCUCCUCCUGUAAUUUCUGCCUCCAAAGUUUGCAGACCACCAUUGAGGAAAGAUGAUACCCCGAAUCAGGCUCCCGUAAUUUCUGCCUCCAAAGUUUGCAGACCACCAUUGCCGAAGAAAGACGAGACCCUGAAUCAGCCUUCCGUAAUUUCUGCCUCCAAAGUUUGCAGACCACCAUUGCCGAAGAAAGGUGAGACCCCGAAUCAGCCUCCUGUAAUUUCUGCCUCCAAAGUUUGCAGACCACCAUUGUCGAAGAUAGAUGAGACCCCCAGUCAGCUCAAAGUAGUUUGCAAACCAUUGAACAAUUCAAUUGUUGAUGCUCCUUCGAAGCCAUUGGUUCCCGUUGAUGCUCCAACAGCAUCAACAGCAAAUGAAACAGUUGACGAAGAAAGUCUAAGGAUGGAAUCUUUAUAUAACUCCUUACUUAAAAUUCCUCUGGUAACGUAUGAUUGUUUUGACGCAGUGGAUCAAGAUUGGUUAUUUAGUUCUGCACUGACAGAAUCAAAGUCUGUCUCCAAGAAACAGAAGAUUGAUGAUGCCAUUCCGUGUUCAAAAUUUCAAUGGCCUCCUAGGGCUCAAUAUAUGCCUGAGGUUGAAGUGUAUGCUUUGCCUUACACAGUUCCAUUUUGAUUCUUGUGGAAAUUUUUUUGUAGGCCUAGAGUUAGCUUUUUUUAGAAGCCAGUGUUCUGCAAUAUUGGAAGAACCCUUGCAUUAUUUUUUCCAAACAGAAAAUACAUCUAUAUAGAUAUCAUUGUGGCACAGAAUGAGAUACAUAUUGUUUACGUCAACAUGAUUGAUUAUUGAUGUACGUUUUACUAAGAUACCACCUGACCUCUGCAAUGGGAUUGGGAGAAUGUGUUGUACAUACUGUGAAAAAAUACAGACUUUUAAUCCAUUUAUUGUUUCACCUA